GUCUCGGCUGCCGCUGGGGAGGAGGCGCCGGCCGCCCGCCGCCCCUGGAGUCCUCGCCGCUCCAAGGCGCCCGGUGGGAGUCAGGUGCUCCGCCGCCCCCUGCGCUCUCGGCCCGAGGGCAUGCGGCAGCCGCGGAGACUCCGGCUCCCGGGCGCGGGGCGCGGGUGAGCGUGAGCGGAUGUUCAUCUCUUCUCCACGAUGAAUGAGUGUCACUAUGAUAAACGGAUGGACUUUUUUUAUAACAGGAGCAACACGGACACUCCCAAUGAGUGGACAGGAACGAAGCUUAUAAUUGUUUUGUGUGUUGGAACAUUUUUCUGCCUCUUUAUUUUUUUUUCUAAUUCUCUGGUCAUUGCAGCAGUGAUCAAAAACAGAAAGUUUCAUUUCCCCUUCUAUUACCUACUGGCAAAUUUAGCUGCUGCAGAUUUCUUUGCUGGAAUUGCCUAUGUAUUCCUGAUGUUUAACACUGGCCCAGUUUCAAGAACUUUGACUGUCAACCGCUGGUUUCUUCGCCAGGGGCUUUUGGACACUAGCUUGACUGCCUCUCUUACCAAUUUGCUGGUUAUUGCUGUGGAGAGGCACAUGUCAAUCAUGAGGAUGCGGAUCCAUAGCAACUUGACCAGAAAGAGGGUGAUAUUGCUCAUUCUGCUGGUGUGGGCCAUCGCCAUCUUCAUGGGGGCAGUCCCCACAUUGGGCUGGAAUUGCCUCUGCAACAUCUCUACUUGUUCUUCCCUGGCCCCUAUUUACAGCAGGAGUUACCUCAUUUUCUGGACUGUGUCCAACCUCGUGGCCUUCUUCAUCAUGGUGGUGGUAUACCUACGGAUCUACAUGUAUGUCAAGAGGAAAACCAAUGUCUUAUCCCCACAUACCAGUGGGUCCAUCAGCCGCCGGAGGGCUCCCAUGAAGCUAAUGAAGACAGUGAUGACUGUCUUAGGCGCAUUUGUAGUGUGCUGGACCCCAGGGCUGGUGGUCCUGCUCCUGGAUGGCUUGAACUGCACUCAGUGCGGUGUACAGCACGUGAAGCCCUGGUUCCUGCUGCUGGCGUUGCUCAACUCCGUCAUGAACCCCAUCAUCUACUCGUACAAGGAUGAGGACAUGUACAGCACCAUGAAGAAGAUGAUCUGCUGCUUCUGGCAAGAGAACCACCCGGAGAGGCGCCCCUCCCGCAUCCCCUCCACGGUCCUCAGCAGGAGUGACACGGGCAGCCAGUACAUGGAAGACAGUAUUAGCCAAGGCACCGUCGGCAACAAAAGCAGCUCCUAAACUUCAGACUCUGCUCCGCCCACCCAGGCCUCUCUGGGAACCAGAGUUGUUAAGAAUGUUUACCUGUCUCUGUGAAGUCCAAGACAGUGUUACUUGAGGUCUACAUUAAUCACUGCGAGAUACAGAACAAUUUUUUUCUUUGAUGUCAUAGUUGAAAAGCAUGGGCAGUAAAGAGAAGACACAGUGCAUUUAGCGAGCAUAAGCAGACACUCAGGAGACAGCGCCGAUUCCGGUCCUGUGAACUGUUCAGAGGAUCCGCCAGCUGGCUGGGGCUGGGCUCCAUCCUGCAGCCAUUCUCUUUGUAUUUUAAAAGAUGUCGUUAAGAGGCUUAGGCCACAAUAAAUAAUAAAUGAUGUUACUUGAGCCACCUAAUGUAACUGCUAGGAAAACCUAUGUAGUUUUUUCUGCAUGCAUUUAAGACUUUCAGAAGUGCUUCAGCAAUGGUAUAUUUUUUCCUCAACGAAACCAUGGCCAGUAGCUAGUUGUUAAUAGAAAUUUAAGAACAACAGGUCAAUAAACUUGAUUUUUUUUUUUUAACCCAAAGGCCUUGGUGUGGUCCUGUACUCAUGCAUGCAUGUGUACCUGCAUGGCUACUUAUGCAAUUUAACUUUGUAUUGAAAAAUUCCUAGGACAGUGUUGGUGAAGUAAAUUUACCGGUUUCCUAGACUUUCUGACCUAGGAUGGUUGCUGUAGAAGUGACCUUUUGUGCUGUAAAUGAAAAUAGAAAGUUCACUUAAAGUCAGACAGUUUUAAAAAAAAAAUUUUUUUUCUGCUAUUAGGAAUUGAACUCAGGACUUUGUGCUUGCCAGACAGGUGUGGCAACACUGAGCUACAUCCCCAGCCCUAAAUCAGACAGUUUUUAUAGCAGAGAAAAAGAUUAUGUUGAGCAAAUGGAAAGGGUUCCACGCAGGAUCAAAUCUGAUGGCCAGAAUCCUUACUUGUAGUUUCCUUCAUAUGCUGGUGGCUUGUUAGAUUUGAUAUGUGGACUAAUUCCACAUCUCGUAUUUUUCCCAACGUUAUCAGCAUAUUUAGGGCCUUAUCUUAUUUGUGGACUACAUUUUGACCCAGGUCCUAUUUUGAGUUGUUCUCCUUCAAAGACCUAAGUAGGCAACAUGAAAGGUAAAUCAGUAAAACAGAAAAAAAAAGUUUUGUACACAUAGGCUACCUACCAAAGUUUUCUAAGUCAUUUAGAGUAUAUUCUGAUUUAAAAUAUAAAUAACUUCAAGGCAGAUAAUAUAGUAUUUAUGUAGUUUGCAAAAGAAGUUUACAUUUUUUAGCUAUUGUGAUGUAACAUUUAUGUGCAAGAACUACUUGUAAUAAAAGAAUUUGAGAAGUCAUGCUUUUAGAUAUUAUAGCCUAAAAUAAAGAGUAUUAUGAUUUCAAAGUGUAGACUUCAUAAGCUCUGUGUAGUAAGUGGUCUAUCUGAAGCUUAUAUCAAAGCUACCUAUAAAAUAAAAUUUAAGACAGAUCUGUUCUGUCUUGUUGA